AUGAGGGAUUUUUACAUGGAGAUCAGUUUUCAUUUUGAGAGCUCGGUCAUCCCUUUCAUCACGAGAAUUGCCCGUUCUAACACGUACAAAUUUUGGAAGAGGGAUGCCAAUUUGAGGGCAGAUAUGACUUUAGCUGGUUUCGAUGGUUUCAGAAUUCAGCGCUCAGAUCAGAGUAUACUUUUCCUUGGUGAUGGUUCUGUGGAUAGAAAAGUUCCUCCAGGGUCACUUUGUAUGGUGUCGCACAAAGAUAAGGAGGUCCUGAAUGCUUUGGAUGGUGCUGGAGCUCGAGCAACUGAGGCAGAAGUGCAGCAGGGAGUGACUGCCAUGUCUCAAACCAAUUUAUUCAGGCCUGGGAUUGAUAUCACUCAAGCAGUUAUUUUGCCUCGAAUGACAUGGAGCUGGAAGGCACUCUGUGGAGGUGGUUGUGAGCGUGACGAGCAUCAGAAAGUAAAGGAAUCGAAAGCUUCUUCAUCAAUAAAUUCUGAUAGUGGAAAUUGCCGCAAGGAUGGAAGCCGUGAGGGUGAGUAUAAGAAAGGGUUGAGGCCUGUUCUCUGGCUUUCUCCAGAAUUCCCACUACAAACUGAAGAGCUUCUACCGCUGCUCGACAUUUUGGCAAACAAAGUUAAAGCUAUACGGCAAUUAAGAGAAUUACUCACUUCAAAACUUCCAAAGCCAAAGGGGAGCUUCCCUGUCAAGGUACCUUAUUUCUAA